CAGGUGUGAUGGUUGUGUUUUGUGUUUCCUUCAGUACUGACCUGUAACCAGGUCAAAGCGGAUCAGACUCCUGAACAGACUGUCCCAGGUUUAGCUGGUCUCCUGUCUCUGAUGAGGAAAAGCUGUCUGGCGUUAAGUAACUCUGGGGAAGCAGCCGGAGGGAGACUGACUGGAGAGGUGUUACUGGAGAAUGUCUUGACAGAGAUAGACAGUCUCCUGUCUCAAGGUAUCCUAAGCAACAGCCGGGAGGUGAGUGGGUUGCUAGGCGUCGUGGAGGACACCUUGAUGCUCAUCGGGCCACAGCUCAGAGACACCCACACCACCAUGGAAACAGACCACACAGCUACUGAGCUUGCAGUGAGGAGGGGACAGACUCCGCCCAUUGGGCCAAUCAGCCUGGCCAAUGACAACGUGCGACUGGACACCAGCUGGGAGACAGCUACUGGCAACGGGACGUACCCAGGUUUCACUCUGGCUGGGUUGGUGUGUUACAAGACAGUGGAGAGAUCUGUCAACAACUCCUUCCAGUACCUCACUGACACAGACACAGACACAGCAACCGCCACAGCAUCAAAGCCUAACUACCAGAUCAGUUCCAAGGUGGUAACAGCCUUUGUCAGUAACCCAGCAACAGAACACCUCACCCAGCCUGUCAUCCUCACCUUCAAACAUCUACAGGUGAGGGCGGAGUCAGCGGAGAUGAACUAUACCUGUGUGUUCUGGUCGGAGGGGCGUGUCCAUGAAGAGGGAGGGGCGUGGUCAAGGAGUGGCUGUACCAAAGUCACGUCUAACGCUACACACACCGUGUGUUCCUGUUCCCACCUUAGCAGCUUUGCUGUUCUCAUGGCCCUCUACCCUGUACAGAACACCUUUGAGCUGCGUCUUUUGACGUGGCUGGGUUUGUCGAUGUCUGUGGUGUGUCUGUUGCUGUGCAUCCUGACCUUCUGGCUGUGUCGGUCCAUCCAGGAGACACGCACCACCAUCCACCUCCACCUCUGUGUCUGCCUCUUCAUCGCUGACCUCGUCUUUCUCACCGGAAUCUCUCACACACAGAGCAAGGUGGGAUGUGGGUUUGUAGCAGGUCUCCUCCACCUGUUCUUCCUAGGAUCCUUCAGUUGGAUGUUGUUAGAGGGGGUUCAGCUCUAUCGCAUGGUGGUCCUGGUCUUCAACACAACCAUAAGACCUCUGUACCUGCAUGCUGUGGGAUAUGGACUGCCACUGACUAUAGUCAUCAUCUCUGCUGUCACCUACCCAGAUGGAUACGGUACCACACAACACUGUUGGUUGUCUCUGGAGAGAGGAUUCAUCUGGAGUUUCUUCGGCCCAGUGUGCACCAUCAUCAUCCUCAACACUUUCUUCUUCAUCAUCACUGUCUGGAGGCUGGCCCAGAAGUUCUCUAGUCUCAACCCUGACCUCUCCAACCUACACAAGAUCAAGGUGUUCACAGUGACAGCAGUGGCCCAGCUGUGUGUGUUGGGUACUAUGUGGAUAUUUGGAGUGUUCCAGUUCCAAGAGGAGGGGACAGUGGUCAUGACAUAUCUCUUCACUAUCCUCAACUCUCUACAGGGAGCACUGCUGUUCAUCAUGCACUGCCUACUGAACAAAACGGUGAGAGAGGAGUAUGGCAAGCUCCUGUCCUGUAUCUGCACACCACUGAAGAAUAGAUACUCAGAGGUCAGCACUACCAACCCUUCUUCCAGCCACUCCCAGGGGUCAAGGAGCGCAGAGACCACAGGGGAGUCGCAGAUAUGACGUCACCAAACCCCCAUAAUGCACCUCUUUACCCCUCCUCCCAUGACAAAGGUUCCCACUAGAUGUUCAUACUGUAAAGUCAAAAUGGUCAAUAUCGUAAACAUUUAUGAAAACAAAUAUUUGAGCUUAACGGUGUGGUUAAGAUAUAUUGUAGAAAUGGGAAGUGUUUCUGAUUUAGUAUCUUGGCCAGAUAGUGACACACCAGAAACACUCAGCCCGAGGAUAGUACUGUUCAGACCAGGUUAGUAGAAAAUGUGUCCAACUAGCCCGCCAGAUAGUAAAAAUGGUAGUCCUCUAGCCAGGUUGGCCAGUGCCCAAAAUCCUUCAGUUCCAUCCCUGAUUAGACACUUCAUAUCAAACUUGAUGUUAAUUAACCACUGUCUUAUCCAGCAUUAGGUUAUCCAAUCAGAAGUUAUGUGAUCUUCAUGUCAUCCAAUAGGAAUCCAUAUGGUCUUUAUGUCAUCCAAUCAGAAGUUACAUGAUCUUCAUGUCAUCCAAUAGCAAUGCAUAUCCUCUUUAUGUAAUUUUUACAGACACAAAAGAUCGGUACAAUUUUACACAACUUCGUCAAAUAGACAGAUGAAACCAUGCUUAUAAACAGAAGCUUUCUUCCUUUACAUGAAUGUGAUAGAUUUAUAGUAAUAUUUAUUACCAAGAGCACAAGAUAGGGUGACUGUUCUACACAAAUAAAUCCAAAGGGAUUUAGAAAACCAUUAAGUGAAGAUUUGUGUUAGUUGUGACCUAUUGGACUGUUAUACUGUUAUACUGUAAAUGUGUUAUUGAUCUUUAACCUCUAGCGACGAGCAAUCCGUAUCCGGGAG